GACAACAAACAAACCACCCGCAGCUCACGGAUCAUCGCUCGGUGUCAUCACCGACAACAAUGACGUCUCCGCUGUGUCACUACCCUCCACCGGCUCCUCGCGGACUUUGAGGACUGUGCGUAAUGUUUAACGUCGUGCACCAGGGUCGGAAAUACGUGCCCACGCGCUCCUCGGUCACGGAUGACUCUCCGUUAACCGUGCGGACCGUUCAUGUCAACAAAUCCCCCGGUACACUGACCGACCCGCUGGAGGCGACCUGGCCGCUGCCGGGCGCCAAGAUGCGGAUCUCUAAAGCCAACAAGGGCGCGGUGGUGAGAGCCGUCCGGCGGCAUCCGUCUCCUCUGCCCCCCCGCCUGGAGAGCCUGGAGGCGGCCUGGAGCGAGAGGGGACAGCCGGAGGGGAGCCAGGAGCGGAGGAACGGAGAGCCAGAGGGUGGGGGGCCACAGCGGAGCAGGAAGAAGGGCUUCAGACCCCCCGAUGUGAGGACCAUCUUCUCAGAGAGGGACCCCAGGGUGAGAGAGGAGUCCGGGGAGGGUCACACCUUCGAGCCUGGGGGAGAGAACACCUGGUGCGAUGUGUGCUGCGACUACAUCCUCCAGCAGGGUCUCACCUGUGCAGGUUGUAAGUACGCCUGUCACACAGCGUGUCGGGACCGAGUGUCACUGGACUGUCACCCUGCAGCUUCACCCGUCAGCCAGGAGCAUCUGAACAACAACACACCGCCCCAUGAUGUGGAGAAAGAGAGAGAGCUACGCACAGAGUUCAGCAGGGAGGAGAUCAGACAGAGGGUCGAUCGGUACAACCUGAUGACCAAAGACCACCUUAAAAUGACGCUGAGUCACACUGGGGUUUAUACCGGGUUCAUUAAGGUCCAGAUGGACCUGAGGAGGCCGGUGACGGUUCGAGGGGCUCAGAAGGGAGCAGGAGGAACCGUAAAGGAGGAGGCUUUCUAUCUGCCCAGAGGGGUCACCAACACCCUCCACAUCAGCUCCAAUAACACCGUCAGACAGGUGAUCGUCGCCCUGCUGAGCAAGUUCACGGUCGCAGACAACCCGGCGAAAUACGCCCUGUACAAGCGCUACCGCCGGGAGGAGCAGGUGUAUGUGUGCAAGCUGGCGGAUGGCGAGCAGCCGUUGUUUCUUCGUCUGGUGGCGGGGCCCGACACCGACACGCUCAGCUUCGUACUGAGGGAACAGCAGACUGGAGAAGUCAUGUGGGACGCGUUCUCCAUCCCCGAGCUGCGUAACUUCCUGCGGAUCCUUGACAAGGAGGAGGACGAGCAGCGGGAGGCGGUGAUCCGCCGCUACGAGUCGUACCGCCAGAGACUGCAGGAGGCGCUGAGGGAGGUCCGAGGGCCUUCUUAAGAGGAGUCACCUCCAUGGAAACAGGGACUGCUGCCCCCUAGAGGGCCGGAGGAGUCUUUAAAGCUCCUCGGAGGAGACGAAUAGUGUAAAUUGUGAUGGAGAGAGAAGGAGGAGAGAGGAUCCACCGACCUGAAGGACUGAAAGAGGAAUGAUAUAAAGACGAAGGACGAGAGAUUAAAGGGACGAACGGACAAAAGUCAGAUUAAAGACUUCGAACUGCAACCAAAGAUUCAUAAUUGUGCCAUAUUCAUCCUCUCAUCAUCCUCUCAUCAUCCUCUCAUCGGUCCUGCUGUCACAUAAUUUAUGCAGUUCCUCUUUUGUCCCCCCCCCUUUUUUAAUCCUUUAAACUUGUGAAAAGACUCGAGGCCAUAUGUUUUAUUUAAUUUGUUUUAAAGGUUUGUACAUAUUUUUUUUUUUUUAAUUUAUAUGGGUGAAGCUUUUUGUUCUUUUUUUUUAUUUUGUUUUCUUGAAGCAAAAAAAAAGGUCUUAUUUUUAUUUUAUUCUACGGAGGCGAAGCAGCAGCAGGUUGUUGACACAGAGAAUAAUUUAAUACACAGCGAGAAGUUAGAGAGACGUCCUCAUCGUCAGGCUUUGAUUGAAUUACCCUGAAAGUUGAUGAAUAUUUCUGUAGAGAGAAAGUAGUCCCUGUAUGGAGUCUCGAGUGUGCCAAAGGAACAAUUGAAGAUACUUUUGUUUUUUUUGUUUUGUUUUGCUUUAUUUUUAGUGCUUUUAAUAGAACAUAAACUGUAAAAUAACAGAACAGAUCACAUGGAUUGAUUAAAUUUACACCAUUUAGUGGGUUUAUUAAAAUUAUUAAGUUUUGUUAAAUAUAAUUGGCAAUUUAAAAAACAACAUUUUAAUAUUUCCACGUCAUAAAUCAUUUAUUUGCCUGCUAUAAAAUUUACAUUACAAUUUCAUUAUAAAUUUUUUAAAAAAAUUCCAUUAUUAAUUUUUACGUAAAACCUUCAUUAAAGUAAAUAAGCAGCAAAAUAUGUUGAAUUUUAACUCCUGUUUCCAUUAUUUUUCUGCUUUUAUCUUCUUUUAUUUAUGGAAAUAUAUAAAUUGAAAAACAAGUUUAAAGAGUUUAUAUUUACUUAUAUGUUUUUAUGUAUAAUUAUAUUACAAAUUGAAUUCAACUUUGUUUUUAAUGUUUUAUUAUCAGUAUUGGCACACUUUAGACUCCAUAGCGUCGUCCUGAAGCUGAACGUCGUCGACGAGGCGGCAGAGAAAUAAAAAGUGAAGUUCAGGUUUAAUGUGACAGAAAACAAACAGAACGCAGGAAGACGUUCGGUUGUUUGUUCUGGCGAGUGAAGACGAGUGACGAAGAGUGAAGACGAGUGAGGAUGAUAACGACGAACCGGUUGGAUUUAAAGUGUUUGUUUGGUGGUGUUUGGAUAGAUCCCUGACCUUUGACCCCCACAGUGUGGUCAGAGGAGGGAAGAGUCGAGUGGUUCCUGCAAGUUGAGCGAGCCGUUGAGAGGAAGUAGAAACAUUAGACGGAGGAAGGAAGAAGUUUGACCUCGAGGACGACGACGAGAUUAACGGCUCGUUUUUAUUAAAGCUCCCGAAACCUCCGAGAGAAAAGGAGGCCUGGGAGUGCCGAUAGCCAACGGGGGGGGACGGGGGGUGUUCAUAAAUGUUUUUGUGCUCUUAUCUGGAGCUGAAACGUGCAGCCUCGACCUCCUCGUCAACCCGGGUUCGGUUCUGUGACGGAUAAAAGAGAAAGACAGGAAGUAAGAGAUGGAAAUACAGGAUAUGAGUGUAAGUGUAAAAGAAGGUUUCAUUAAAGGUUGUUUGUGAGGUUAUAAAGGACGUAAACAUUAUGCCUUAAAUAUAUAUAAUAUAUAUAUGCAAUGUGAUGGCUUAGAGACCCAAAGAGGCUCGUUUUCAGCGUAGUUUAGUAGAAAAAUGCAGCCGAUGUUCAGUGAAGACAAUCGCAAACAAAACUAUAGAUCAGUUCAAAUCAAUCACAUUACAAAGUAAAAGGCUUCAUUGUUGAGCUGCAGGUACUGAUUGAAGUCAACGUUGUACAAUACCGCCAUCUAGUGGACAGAUACUGCAACUGCUCUCAUUUCUGUGUCAGAAUUAUCUUUAAGAAGAUUUAAUUGUUUUGUUAUAAACCAAAGAUAUUUUUGUGGUGUUGCCUGGAGCAAAGAAAUAUAUUAGAGGCCUCUUCCCAUCGGAGGGAAAAACAUAUAUAGUUUAGAGUUUUAUUUAAAGGGGUUUUAACCCUCGAUUAUUCUACUAUCAAACACUGGCUUAAAUCUACGGAGGCCAAAAGAGGCCAUAAGUAUUUAAAUCUUGCAAGCGACUGAGUAUCUUAUUGUGAUAUUUAAAGAGGCACAUUUAUACAUUACAUUUUAUUAAAAAAAACAAACCGGAUGGUCUUGAGUGUUGCAUUAUGGGAAAUGUAGUAUCCAGUACUCUGGACUAAAAGUCAGUUUAAUAUUUGACUCCAGAAACCAUCUUUUUUUACUUUUUUGUGGUUUUAAUUCCUGUCUUUGAAAUUCUCAGUAAUUAAAGUACCAUGAAAAUAAUUAAAAAAACAUUCAAGUUGCUCAAAUUUAAUUGAUUUGUCGUUAUUUCUAAAAAUUUAUGUAAUUAAGUUUCUCAAAUUGUGGCAUCAAAAUUCAAGAUGGUGAAAUUAAACAUUUGUGCUGCCAAUAAAAUGCCCCAAAAUAUCAAACAACAUAAAUUAGGUAUUCAGUCACUUAGUUUAACUAUUUUGGCCUAUUUUUGCUUCCGUAUAAUAUAAUUUAAAACGAUACGAACGUCUGCAUGAAAACAGUUAAUGAAUCUUAAAGCCAUGUUGUUGUUUGUGUAUCUGAUAAACAACUUUAACUGUUAAAGUUAACUGAGACUCAUCGUAUCAAUGAAUUUAUUUUUUUUUUGGUCACUUUAACUUUGAAUUCAGGGAAAACGGGUUUUUGAUUUUAAUUUUUUUUCCUCCUGUUUAAUCUUCAAACUACCACCAUCACACUCUGUACUUCAUCUUAACGUCUAAUAAAUACACUAUAAUCUUAUUUUGAAAGAUCUUGUUAAGCGACAGUACAGUGUGACAGAUUAUUUUAAGCUAAUUUUUUUGUUAUUUUUUUUUUGUGUCUUCAACGAGCUUCCGUAUAAUUUUUUGCUCCGAGUUAGCUGUAGACUGUGAAACGUUUGGUUGAAUCUCUUCGUGUAAAUACGAGCUCACUGAACGCACUGCUGGACAUUAAAGCUUGCGUUACCGUAGAAACGCAGCCGGUCGGACGACAAUCAGAAAAUACUUUAAUACUAUUUUUAUUAUUUUUCACAUGUUGUCAGAUCGGCUGGUUGAAAUAUAAAUUAGGCUUCUUGAUCAAUUAAUCUGUACUGAUUAUGGGCCAGUGGUGUUAAUGGAUGAAUGAAGAGUUGAUAUAUGACAGUUUGUAUUAUUGUUUUUAAAGCUGUUCAAACUGGAGCCACAGAGACUUUCAAAAUAAGGUUCAUUCUUGACUUUAUUUUGAAAUUUUUCAUUCAUGGAAAAAUGGCAAAAUAUUCAGAUUCAGUUUAUCUCAUCAGGUAUUCUCCAACUGUCUUGUUGCACCAUAUAAUGUUUGUUUCUCUUCAUACGGAGGUCCUGUGUUGACUGGCCAUAAAAUGUGGCAGAAAGCUUUGGAAAAAACAAAGGAAGUGGACAUUUAUUUUGCAAAAGUGUUCCUUUACGUGAACCAAAUGCUGAGAUAUCAGGUUGGAAACCCAAUUUUUGUCCAAUGAUUGUAGUUUCCUGAUUUUUAAUUAAUUAAUUAUACCAAAAAAAAUUUAAAAUUUUCACUUUCUCCUGAAAUGUCUGUGCAAAAAAAGCCUAAAAUUAUCCCAACAUGCAUUGCAAUUUCUUUAGAAAAGCCCAAUUAGUCGAUUAAUUAAUAAGUCGAUCAGUUCACUUUUAAGUGAAGAUAUUUGAGCUGAAAUAAUCAGAAACAGUUUUUAAUAAUUCAAAAUAAAUAAAUUAAAAUUCCCUUUUUCAAACAGAAUUUCCAGUUUUUUUAUUGUUAACCCUGAAAGGUCAGAAAGUAUGGAGUCCCAAGAGUGCCAAAAAGAUUAUAGAUCAAUUAAAGUUAAUUUUACCAUAAUGUGGUUAUGUGGUGCAAAAAGACAGUUGGAUUUAUUGAUUUAAGAAUAUUUAUUUGUUUUGAUUUUUAAACAUUAUGGUGGCUACUAAACGCCGUUAACAGCUGUUCUGGAGCUUUCUGCUGUAUCAGAACAGACGUUGAGAAAACUCCUGAAAGCUCCAGAACCGCCACUAAAUGGACCUCGUGGUGAUAUUCUUUUCUCAAAAACUCAAAAUCGACUCAACAGAUGGAAUUUCUGAGCAAGUUUGCGGCCUAAAUUCAGUUUUUCUUCAGUUUUGUGUUUCGUGUCUCCAGUUUGAGUCUGUAAAUGUCAAAGAUCUUUUUCUGUUGCUCUUUACUGAUUUUAAUUUUUCUAGUGAUUCUGUUUUUGGAGACUCAGAUUUAUCUCACGAGAUUUAUCUCAGAUAAAGUUCUGCUCUGUUCUUCAACACUUGAUGCAAAAAAAACAGACAAAAGGUCAGAAGUUUUAAUUUCAGAGCCGAGCUGCAAAAUCCCCAAAAAUUACUGUUGAGUGAAAAAUCUUAAUUUCAACAUUUAAUCUGAAGAUAAAAGUCAGUAAAUUGUAUUUGAGUGAGAAUUCGUUGGAUUAUUUUGAGCUCGGCUGUGAAAGUUUGGGCCUCAUCGGUGCCUUUGUGGGGUUUCAUCAGUUUAUUUCUGUUUUCUCUUUGAAUCAAAUGUGGCCUUUCCUCACAAACGGCUGCGUCUAUUAAAGCUGAAAUAAAACAAUAAAA